GACGGGAAGCGAAAAUAUAGAGGGAGGAGUGCAGAGAGGGUGAAGCUCCGCACCUUCAGAUCCCGCUCGCCAUGAGGAUGCCAACCCGCCCGCCGGCGGAUUCUCCGGCGACACCCACCGCCUUAAGUCUUCGUGACGCCGAGUCUCUCUUCCGCUCCAAGAGGAUCCAUGAGAUUCGCGCCGUGGAAGCUGCUACACGCCGCGAUAUCGAACAGAAGAAGGAGGAACUCCGGCAGCUUGUCGGGAAAAGCUACCGCGACCUCAUUGACUCAGCCGAUUCUAUCAUUCAGAUGAAGUCCUCCUGCGAAUCCAUAUACUCUAACCUCUCCCUCAUCGACGCCGCCCUCCGAUCCCUGUCCCCCUCCACCACCGAUUCCCCUCACACUGCUCCCGAUCCGGCCCGCUUUAAGAUCUACGGCAUUGCGUGCCGUGUCAAGUACCUGGUUGACACACCGGAGAACAUCUGGGGAUGCCUCGACGAGUCCAUGCUUCUCGAGGCCUCCGGUCGUUAUCUCCGUGCCAAGGAGGUGCAUGGCCUCAUUUCAAGUGUCGCUGCUGAUUCAGACGUUCUCUCACUCUUCCCGCUGUUGCAGCACCAGUGGCAGAUUGUGGAGAGCUUCACAAGUCAGAUCUCGCAGCGCAGCAGGGAUCGCCUUAUGGACCGGGGCCUUACUGUAGCUGCAUACGCUGAUGCUCUUGCCGCCGCUGCCACCAUCGAUGAUCUCAACCCCAAGCAGGUUCUCGACAUCUUUCUUGAUUCGAGACGGGCAUGGAUCUCGCAGAAGCUUGUUAGCCCAGCGGCGGAUGGCAGACCAAAUUCGUUUACGGCGGUGCUCUGUGAUGUGGCUGGGAUAAUUAGGUCUAGUUUAGGGCAAGUAGGACAACUCUUACGUCAUGCGUUAAAUGAGAUGCCACUGUUUUACAAAAUGGUGCUUGGUUCACCCCCGGGCUCGCAGCUGUUUGGGGGAAUCCCCAAUCCGGAGGAGGAGGUGAAACUGUGGAAAUCCCACAGGGAGAAGCUGGAAUCAGUGAUGGUUUUGCUCGAGCCAGAAUUUGUCAGUCAGGCUUGUUCUUCAUGGCUUCAGGGUUGCUGUGAUGAGAUUUUUGCAGGGUCUUCAAAUGGUAAGGUCAUUAUCCAAAAUAUUUCAGGCGGUGAAGGGCUAGUUGCUGCUGAAAAGAUGGUCCGGGAGGCACUGAAUGGAAGAGAGGGGCUAGAGGAUAGCUUGGAGGAGUGGCUUAGAGGUGUCUUUGGUUCUGAUAUCAAAUCUCCUUGGAAGCAAAUAUGUGGGCUUAUGUUAAAAGAUGGCAAGGACAUUUUUGAGGAUAAAAUGGAGCUGCUGAGGAUGAAAGAAAUUGUGCAAUCUGGAUUUGAGGACCUAACAAAAGAGGUUAGCCUUAGGGAUUCAGUUGUAGCAAUUGUAUCAGGUCCUAAUGGUGCUAAGGAUUUCUAUGAAUACCUGAAGAAAUCAUCAAAGGGUGGUGGGGUUUGGUUUUCGGAGCUGAAUCAGAGGAGAACAGGACUUGCCCAGAAUUUCAAGCCUGCUGCUGAUGAGAAUGACUUUCGCAGUUGUCUCAAUGCUUAUUUUGGACCAGAAGUUAGCCGAAUUAGAGAUCUAAUAGAUAAGAGACUGUGUAGCAUUUUGGAUGAUCUUUUGUGCUUUAUAGAAUCACAUAAUUCUGCAAUAAGAUUGAAGGAACUAGCACCGCAUAUUCAAAAUAAAUGCUACAAAGCAAUGUCAGCCCUAUUGGGUGAGAUCAAAGAGGAGAUGGGUGGUCUUUCUGUUUCUUUAGUUGACAAAAGAAUGGAUAAUGAUUCUCAGCCUCCUCCUGUAAUUGUUGAAAGAACUCUUUUUCUUGGACGUCUCUUGUAUGCAUUGCAAUACCAUUCAAGUCACAUCCCAAUCAUACUUGGUUCUCCAAGGCUAUGGGUGAAGGAAACAACUGGCUCAGCAUAUACUAGCUUGGCUUCACCUCUAUCUAAACAAUCCAAAGAAACCUUAAACUCCCCUAUAUCUUUUAGCCCUAGAAGACCUUCUUUUGAUAGCCCUCCAAGUCCUGGAAGGCAUUCUCUUGAAAGCCAUAGAAGGCAAGUUUUUUCAGCUGCUGCUGCAUUAUUUACAGUUGAUAGCAGGGCAAACCUAAAACAUGAAGAGUUGAGCCGAAAACUUCAAGACCUCUGCAUCAGAGCUCAUAGCUUAUGGAUUACUUGGGUUUCCAAUGAGCUAUCUAUCAUUUUGUCCAGCAACCUUAAUCAUGAUGAUGCUCUUUCUGUGACAAAUCCACUGAGAGGUUGGGAAGUUACUGUGAUCAGACAAGAGGAACCUACUGAUGGUCAUUUAGAGAUGCAAAUAGCUCUCCCUUCCAUGGCUUCACAGUACAUUAUAUCUUUCCUGUUCCAAGCAUGCCAAGAAAUUCACAAAGUUGGGGGGCAUGUUCUGGAUAAAGUUAUCCUGCAAAAUUUUGCCUUUGAAAUGUUAAAGAAGGUUAUUGUAGUCUAUGAAAACUUGCUUGCAAAAGUUGAGGCCCCUGAAUCACAUAUAUCGGAAAAAGGUAUUCUGCAGAUUAUGUUAGACUUACGAUUCUGUGCUGAUGUUCUCUCUGGAGGCAAGGACACGAACUCUAUCAGUGAUGAAUUUCUCCCUGCAAGGAGAAAACUUGUGCUACAGCCAGACUCAAGUAUUAUGGAGCUUGUUUCACGUCUAAUACAAAGGUUCUCACAAAGAUUGGAUCCCAUUGAUUGGGCAACGUACGAGCCUUAUCUAUGGGAGAAUGAAAAACAGUCGUACAAACGAAGUUCUGUACUCUUUGGGUUCUUUAUUCAGCUUGAUCGUCUCUAUAUUGACACAGUUCAAAAAUUACCUACAAAGUCCAAUACUGAAUCAAAUAUAUUGAGAUGUUCUACGGUUCCAAGAUUCAAGUACCUGCCAAUCAGUGCUCCCGCACUGUCAUCGAGAGGGGUACAUAAAUCAGUACUUCAAACAACUAUAGAUGUCGCAUCAUCAAAGAGCCCAUGGUCAACAUAUUCAAAUGGAGAACGGUCUCCAAAGUCUGAUUUUGAUGAUUCAUCAAGCUUUGGCGCAGCGACACCUCUGCUCAAGUCCUUAAUGACCCAGGUAGGAAGCAAGUUUGGGGAGAGUACAUCGCGAUGGGGGUUGAUGCUUUCCGACGGGCAAGUCGGUAAGCUGAAGGACAAAUCAGCAGCUGCCAUGUCAACAUUUGGCGACAUGCUUCCCGGCCCAGCAGCCGGACUCCUAUCAUCAUUGACAUCCACUGCAUCAAGGUUUGAUUCUUUAUAAAACCCCUACUUCACCUAUUAUUACAUCAUUCAUACAUUACCCAAAUGUUCUAUCAAUCCCCUGCAAUCUUGGCUAUGGCUAUCGAAGCAGCGGUUCUAUUUCAUGAAAAUGCCGUUUUCAUAGGACCAAAACGGGAUCGAUAAAUAUAUAGGAAUGAUUGUUUUCAUAUUUUUUUAAAGGUUAGUUUCAUUAGGUUUUGUUCGGUUAUGUAAAGUUUAUAGGCUGUAGGGGGUAAUAUAGCAAAGUUUCCAUAACACUGCUGAUUUACCUGUUGUAAUAUAAUGAAUUGUUAGGUCACAAGGAAGAGAUAAACCGGCCAAUUUUGUUUGUUUUUAGGUUUAGGGCAGCUGUUUAAUUUAUAUUUCUUUGAUU